AUGUGUGGCAGCCUGGAGCUCUCAUGGAACCUGCCUCCUGAUUCCCUGCCUAGCUGCAAGAUCAUUGUGACCCUGGGCAACAGCGGGAUAUCCGAGAUGAACCUCAAGGGACUUUUACAAAUUCUGAAUUCUAUUUGUAUUGCUUUUUAGGAUUUCAUCAAAGGUCUUUCCAUUUUGCUUCGAGGGACAGUACAAGAAAAACUCAACUGGGCAUUUAAUUUGUAUGACAUAAACAAAGAUGGCUACAUCACUAAAGAAGAAAUGCUGGACAUAAUGAAGGCAAUAUAUGACAUGAUGGGGAAAUGCACAUAUCCUGUCCUCAAGGAAGAUGCUCCCCGACAGCAUGUGGAGACAUUUUUCCAGAAGAUGGACAAAAAUAAAGAUGGGGUUGUUACCAUUGAUGAAUUCAUUGAAAGUUGCCAAAAAGACGAAAACAUAAUGCGCUCCAUGCAACUCUUUGAAAAUGUGAUCUAGUGUGUCAGCACAUCCUCUGCUGAAGAAGCAAACCUGAAAUACCCUACACACUUACAAGUUGGAGCCACCACUUCUAGCAUAGAUUGCUCAGCUUUACACUGAGGCAUAUUAUGCAAACUGCUUUGUUUUAAUAUAAAACACCCCCCCCCAAAGAUUUAAGUUUUCCAGUUACAAAUCUGCAUCUUCCCCACAACAUCACUGGGAUCAUGAAAUGUGUAGCUUGUUUCAUACUCUGAGAAAAGGCACAGAAUCUGGAAUAGUUUUGAUCCUUAGCCACGGAUUAUUGAGGCUUUCACAGAUCAGUGAUUUUAAAACCCAAGUGGGUUUUCCUACUCAUUUGUAUGUAUUCAGUCCUGGAUUUUAAAUGGUUUUCUAAAAUAUUUGCAUCUGUAUAUAAUUUCCAGAAAGUCAACAAACUUUCAUUUAAUUCGAAUCAUCUAACAUUGAAAAAUAAACAAAGAUUAUUGCAAUGAAAAUAAAGACCCAAAACACAGUCCCAAUUUCUAUGGCUUCUCCACCUGCUGUUAA